AUGAACUGCCUAAAGUUCUUUGCGAAAGACGGAUUUCUGCUCGUUGUUGAACAGCAAAAGGUAGCGACCCCCAUGUAUGGCACACGUGUAACGGAGGCGCCGCGGGGCUCUGCAACACACCCCGUCCCGACGUAUUUUUGGUGUGAUUUCUACCUUGCAAGAGAAAGCCACGCUAGGACAAGUGCCUACGAGCUGUGGUGGGUCAGCGCAGCAGAUCCGCCCGUCAGUGCCAGUUCGCUGGGGCCCCCUGGCCCGAGGAGUUCGCCAGACGCGCUUCUCCCCCCGCAACAGCAGCAGCACCAGGAGCAAAGUGGAAUAAUGGCGAGCGGCAUUGGUGAUAAGGUCGCGCUCGCAAACCCGUACGAGGUACUUAAGGAAGAAGACGCCGUACAGCGAAGGUUGGAGAGGCAGGCGGAGAGGGAGCGACGUCGUCGUGAGCGUCGGGAGGAAAAGGCUGCAGCGGCCGCCUCAGCCGCGGCUGCUUCAGCAGCAGCUACAGCGGCGGCUGCAGCUGCUGUAAGGGCCCAGCUCUCCCCCGGUGCCGCCUCCCUCUUGCAGGGGGCACGUUGGGCUGAUGUCGAGGUUGACUCGGACGAUGAUGGGCCGUUAGCAGUAACGAUGCCCCACCGUUCCAUGGCUUCGGGGGGAGGGACUGCGGGGCGCAGGUCGCAACAGCACCCAAGGGACGCCUUUUACUCGGACGUGGAGACUUCUUCGGAGGAUGACUUCGCCAGUGAUGUUGAGGGUGACCCCCAAGGAGACGACUUGGCCGCCACCAGCAGCAGCAGCAGCGGCGAGGAGGACAGGGCAACAAGCAGAGAGCAGCCAACUCGAUCCCCGUCGGAGGGCAGACGAAAAGCCAAAGGUGCAGGCGGGGCUGCUGCUGCCGACCCCCUGAAAGGCCUUAGCAGGAAGGAGAGGAAACAACGCGAGAUGGAAGAGCUGGAGAAGGCUCUGAGCGAGGCGGGCCUGACCCCGUCUGUGCCCGCGGAGCCAAAGCCACAGCCGCAGCAGCAGCCGCAGCAGCAGCCACAACAGCAACAGCCGAAGACAGGAGGAGGUUCUAGCGAGAAAAAGAAGAAAAAAAAGGCUCAUCAGCAGCAGCAGCAGCUGCAGCAGCAGCAGCGUGAAUCUGAAACUGAUGACAAUGCAGAUACCCCAGUAAGUACCGCACACAACAUUGCUCUGAGUGCUGCAAUCGGUGCCUUCUUUCAGUGGUACUAUUUGAAGCGUUCGCUGCGGGCUCUGUUGCUGCUGCAGGCCGCUCCUGAAGACCCCGCCAAAAUCGCGGCUCGCCUGAAGGCGGCAGCGGCAGCGAAGAAGAGCCCCGCGAACAGCAAGGAGUUGGCGAAGAAAUUGGCCGCCCAGGAGGCGCAGGCGAAGAAGGAAAAGGCGAAGAAGGAGAAGAAGCCAAAACUCUUUUUCCCACCGAAACAGUGA